AUGAAGUUCUCUACUAUUUCCGGCCUGUCGGCGCUCGCGCUCACCUCUAUGCCUCCUGCAGUGUUGGCGCAGAGUCGCGAGUUAUGCUUUACCGAAACGCGCGAUAGAUACCCCUACGCCGUGACGGAAUGGUACUGCGGCCCCGGCCGCACUUGCUGCAGCGUCCCCGACGACUCUGAUGAUGGCGAGCUGCAAUGGGGCUGUAUUGACACCGACGAGACCUGCUCCAGGGACACGUGGCUCACCAGCGAGGGGAUGGGAUUCGAGAUUACAGAUGACGGUUACGGAGACGACGACGACGAUAAUGACAGUGGUGCUCGUGGGUCUGCAGCGUCGUUGGCGGCCGUGGUAGGUGGUGUCGCUGUGUAUUGGGCUGCGCUGGGCAUGUGA